AUGGCCUCGUCUACCAACGCUCCACUACAAGAAUGGCUCAUCAUCGUGCCUGAUCACAAGGAUGCGCUGCAGAAACGGAUUGCGGCUCGUCCGAAACAUCUCGAGGGGUUGAAGGCGGAUAGGGAGGAUAUGUGGUUGUGGGGUGGAGCGAUGCUCGAGGAACCCAUCAAAGAAGGCGAUACAGGCCCACCUAAGAUGAAGGGCUCGGCGUGUCUUAUUGGUGCUAAGACGAGGGAGGAGGUUGUGGAGAGGUUGAAGCAGGACGUUUAUGUUAAGGAGGGGGUGUGGAAUUUGGAGGAUAUGCAAAUUAUUCCGUUUAAGAGUGCGGUUAGGAAGGCGUUGUAG